AUGUCUGCCCAAGAAGAAAUUGGAGAGACCCAAGGUACUAAUGAUGGUAACAAUGAAGGACAGAAGCCGCAAGAAGGUGAGCCACCGGGUGAAAUCGCAGAAGAACCAACACAGGUCCUCGACCAAGAUGGCGCAGGCGAUGAUAUUAGUGUAGAUCCUGCACAAGCCACUAACACGGUUAAAGAAGGUGAUGAUGAGAUCGGAAAAGGUGAUGAAAAAGAAGAGAAAGUUAAAGCCGAUGAUACGAACGAUGAUCCUACAGAUGCAAAUCAAACGGAAGGAAUGAAGGAAACUCCUGUUGAGGAAAAGACUGAAGAAGAUAGUCGCAAAAUGGAGGAAGCUCCUAUGUCUGUCGUUAUUUCGGAACCGGAUAAAGACGUGGAAACUCAAGAAUCGAAUGCUCAAACAGAAGGAAGGGAAUCGCCUGUGGGUGACGCGGAUGUUUCUUCUGCUAGCCCUGGAAAAGUGGAGGACAAAGUUGUCGAAACGAAAUCAGAGAGUGAAUCACCAUUGGUUGCCCCACCGACUUCAAAAGCUGACAGGUCUGUAGACAGUGAAACACCCAUGAAAGAUACCAGAGACCAAUUGGAAUCCGGAGGAAUAGCCAGGGAUGGCUUCAGUGCAAAUGGUUAGUGACUGUUUAUAUAUAAUAUUUAAACUUUUUACAAGGGGACACAGGACAGUUUGAGUAAUUAUUGCAAAUACUGAGCAGUAUAGUGCCAGUAGUAAAUGUACAUGUACUGUAACAGUUUUUGGUGGGAAGGUGGCAGAUGUAUGGUUGUAACCAUUAGUGAUUUGCCUUAAAAAAUUGGUGAGAGUGCUUUUUCUCUGACAAAGGGAUAAGACAGGAAAGGCCAGCUCUAGAAACUUGUAGGGCUUGCCAUUUCACAAGACCAACUCAGUUGAAAAAAUCAAGUCAUCUUGUAAUACACUUUUACCCCCCCCCCUCCAACCCUCAAGUGACACAUUACCAAAAUCUCUUUAGAAACUUAACCCCUGUAUUCAUUGGUGAGAUUGGUGUACUUGUGAUUAAAUAUAAUUUGUAUUCCUGGGCAGUUUGAUAGCAAAAGCUGGUUUUGGGAAGGAGUGGUUUGACUCUUCUGACAUCCAUCAAUAUUAUUUUACAGUACUAUUAUUAAUUCAUUUUUUAGAAUCAAAAUCAUGGGCUUUCAUAUGCUAUAUAUUGUAAGUGUAUGGAUGUGUAUCAUGCAGCAAUAUUGAGCAUGAUGAAAUAGCCAGAAUUAUAAAAUUUUUCAUGUUUUAUUUUUUCAGUGAAGUUCCUCAUUAUGCCGGAGGGUCAUGUACAGAGCAUGACUUGUUCAUUAAAGCAGUCCUUCUUAGAGUUACGAAACCAUUUUGCAUCAGAAUUUAGCCAGCCGCCACAGGCAAUACUGAUGAUAUUUGAUGGUAAGUUACAUUAUUUUGGUUCUAAGUCCAUGCAGCAAUGGACCUUAAUACUCCAACUGAUUUACUAUCCUACUAAUUCACUUCAAGGCAAAAUGGUGGAAGACCACACUGUGCUCUCAGAUCUGGGUGUCCAAGCUGGGCAGACAGUGGAGGUGGAAAUUCAGUCAUCAGACCCUAUCAAUACACCUUUGCAGUACAAACAGUCAUCACCAAUGUACAAACUACCUGACAAAAUUAAUGUCAGGGUCGAAGUGGGUAAGUUUGCUAGCAUUUUUUGUUCUGUUGAUGAUGUAAACUAAAGUUGUAAUAUCUUACUAUGUACAGUACGUAAAGUACAUAGGCUCAGGAAGAAUAUACCUUAUAAAAGUCAAACUCUUUCAUGUUGUUCUAUGUAAAAUGAUUGAUUUUCCUUUACCCUUGGACCCCUAAGAAUGACCAGGAUCUAAUUCCUCUUUACAAUAUCACCCCUACAUUAAAAUUUAAGGUCACAAGAAAAAAGGAAAAUUUAAGAAAAUAAAUGAUGCUUUUUUAAAAACAUGUUUCAACAGUUCUUCUGUCAUCCUCAGUUCAGAUUCAUACAAAGUACAAAGUUGAAUUUAAAUUAUUUAACAAAAUGCUGAUUGGACAAAACAAAUGAUAGUAUAAAAACAAUGGAUGCAUUUACAAGGAAAGUUUUUAAUUGAAAUCAUGAUGAUAAAAUUGAUGAUUAAGUGUAGGUUGCUCCAUUGAAUGUGGAUAGCUGCUUUGAUUUUGUGUUGGAAAGUCAUGGAAGUGUAUUCUUAGAAGCUCGAACACUCAUCAGAACAUAGAGUGAUUACCUUUGACAGGGUUUCCAUAUACUUGAGACUUUAUUAACAUCUAGGCACUUUCUUAUUGAUAUUUUUUACUCACCCCCCUAUUUAUUUAAUACAGUACAGUUUUUUUUUUUGUGCAACAGGCAAAAAACAUUCAAAGAUCUUGUGUGCGCGUUGGCCAUCUAUCUCUGAGGUGUACUGUAUUUCAUUGACCUUCUGUGUUUUUUCCUUUUUUUUCAGGUGGAAAGGAGGUUGAGCUUGUGGUUCAUAUUGUCCAAGAGAACAGGAAAAAACCAUUCUUGGGAGGCUACAGACACAGACUGACAGGGACAGAGUUCCACAAUGCAGCUGCACAAACUUUACCCAAGAUCCGUGUGCCUUCAUCUGUAGAGAAGUUUCAUCGAGACACACAAACAUACAAAUUGAGAAACAGACUUCAGCAGACCACAAAUACAACAUCCACACAAAUGGUAAAAUUCUCGAAAAUCUUUACUUUUGAAGUACAUCUAUCAAUUAUAAUGCUUCAGUCUGUUGUCAAAUUCCAUUCUGUGACAUUUUUCUUCUGCAUGUAGACUCUUCUACAGCUGUGGGUUUAAAUGUGUCAGACAAAAAUUUAGUAUCAACUGGGAUUCAGGUUUGUGGAAUGAGUAUUAACACAAUUUCUCCUUCUUAUCUUAGACCAAGGAUGGCUGUUAUGUAUCAAAUGUCACAGAUAAAAUACUGAUUCCUGGGAAAUAUGAAACAGCUGACCAAUACCACGGGAAGAUAUUAAAGAAAGUAUGUAAAUGAGCACACAUUACAUUAAGAAAUGAUUCCCCUGUUUGCAGUCAUAUCUCUUGAGUUAAAGACAAACACACUUUUUUUUCUACUUAAUCUUCUGCAGGGACAUUUUCAUAACUUGAUUAAAAAAAAAGAGAGAACUAUUAACUCUUUAAAAACUAAGGAAUAAUUAUCACAAUCCUCUAAGAGCUUAACAGGAUACUUUUUGUUGUUGUUGUUUAGCUUUUGAAAGUUAAAGAUAGUUUGGUAUUUCACCACUGUCAGAACUGACUUUUCCUUAGUUGGUGAUCAUACCAACAGAGAGUAUUAUCUGGGUUUUAGGGAUCAGAUCUCUGUCUAAAUUUCCAUGGCCAGAGCUCUUACCUUAUUCUGAAGAGCAGAAAAUUCUCCUGAUACUUUGCAUAUUCUAUCACUUCUGCAUUUCUUUAUGCAUUUAAUUGUGCCAUUUUAUCUAACAAGUUUCAGAAUACCCUAUUACUCGUCAUUUUCCCAAUAAAUUGCAUUAUUUUAUAACCAUGCAACAUGAAUCUUGAUCAAGGUUGACCUAAGUUUGCUUUUGAUUUCCAGGUCAUUGUCCUUCAAACUUAUUGGAGGAGAUGGCUGGCCAAGAAUUAUGUCCAGCGGUUAAGAGAAGAUCGCUUGAGACGUAUGGAGUGGGAAAGACAGGAGGAGCUCAGAAAACAGAAAGAAAGAGCUGAACGAAUUAAGCGAGAGUGGGAAAGGAGAAUGAAUCCUAAGACUAAAGAAGAUUUUGAUCUCCUAUAUGCUCAUUUAGAAAGUGAGUAUAUUUUUACACGUAACUGAGACAAGCUAGGUCAUGGUUCUUUUUUAAGAGCAUCUCAGUUCAAAAUCGUUAUGGUGAAUAAGUAAAACCAAAAUAUUUCUUGCUAUUCAUGAAGGCGAAAAGGGAAUGAAAGAAAGGGAAAAAAUAAUAAAAACACGAACAAACCAGGGAAAAAAAAAAAUCGGAAGAAAAGAUAUGAGGGAAUUCCUUACAUAAGUCGAAAACAUAUUUCCAAAGUAACCAAGAAACGGAAAAAUCAAAAAACUAAAUACCUCCGCUCCCUUUUCUUGUAUAGGAUUAUCCUUACCUGUGAGUUACCUUUAUUCUGUCUUGACUUUCUGAGAGAGAAAAUUCGAGUCGUGAAACGUGAAACGAGAAAUGAAACUCACCAGUUGCAACACUUUGCAAUCUUGCAUCAAUUAAAACAGCUUAGAGUGGUGCUUACAGCUGAGUCAGGUAAUUCUUGGAAGUUUAUGUUACUUUUAUUGUGUGGUUGAAACACGGAAAUGUUUUAUUUGUUUAGAAUGGCGUAAUGAAGAGAUGGCGUUGAUAGAUGAGUUGUACUCAGGUCCAGAAAGGAAAGCAGCUCUUGUAGGACUUUUGGAACAAGAAGCCUACCUUAUUGCCUCCAUUGAUCGGCAUAAACUGGUUGCUGAUGAAGAAAACAACGACAAAAGGAUCAAGAACUUCUUGAACAAGGUUUGUCGAAGUUUGUGCCUCAUUACUGCUUUCAAGUCCAGGGCGAUCUGAUAGUGUUAAUCGAUGAUUCAACAUCGUGGCCAGGUCUUCUGUUGCUUUGGUCCUCUGUUGACUUAAUGCCAAACUGAACGAACUAAACUGAGCCAAUAUGCACUGGAAACAUUUGAACACAGGACAACCCACCGUGAUUUUUUUCUUAAAUCAACCACGCCGAAAAUAACAGCUUGGUUUUUUGUCGUAACAGGCUGCUGCCCCCAAAAAGUGGAAAGCUUUCGACGGUAAAGUUACUGAAAUGGACACACCAUACACCAUCCGCGCUCAAGAGUUACGGGACAUUUACAGCACGCUGAGCAUGAAGUACCUCACCCAAGAUGAGAGAUUGGACGUACUGCUGACCCUCAAGCACACUGUAAAGGAGCAUGACUGCAAACUAACACAAGAGAUAAUUGAACUGAUCGAUAGAGAAGCAGAUUUGCUGAUGCGAGGAGUCAAGGAAUCAAAUUUAGAAGGUAGAUACAUGUAGGCUAAGUGAUGUUGGUUUUGAGUAUGAGGUAAGUUAGAAUAUUGCUAAUCCCUUGGGUGGAAUGGCACUGCAUGUACUUGUAGCAUAUUCCAUUGUGGAUAACUCAAGCAUUUCUUGAAAAUUUCAGAAUUUUCGAUGCGGAGACUUAAAUUAAAAAAAAAAACUUCACCCUUAAGUACCUGUGUUUCCGUUGACAACUGUCACCAGUGAAGCGCGAGCAAGGCGUGGCAGUAUUGUUAAUGUUUUAGGAAAUUCGAGCUCUGUUCUCAAAAAGCCAUUAUAGUUCUAAGUUCAACAAUUUGUUUCUCACGUUUCUUGUAUAAUAUUUUCUUGAUUGUGCGAAUUUGAACCUUUAUCUUUUACAGGUUUACGCAAGAGAAUAUUAACCCUUUUUCUUCAGUACUGCAAAACGCCUCUCUUUAACCCAGAAGCGGCCCGACUGAUCAAGGUAUGUGAUUGAAAAGCUUUUAUUUCCCAGAAAGCUCAGUACCAGUUUUCUAGAAUGAUUUCAUAAAUUCGACCACUAGUUCCUUCCAGGCAAUCACAACGAAGACCAAACUAAAUGCAGAUCAUUUUUCGAGUUCAUUUAAUUGGAGAAAAAGGCCUUAAAAAUGUUUUCUUCGCUCUCAAAAUGUGUAAAACAGGAAGCGCAGGAAGAUGUUGGUUCUGGCCAAUUCUCGAUUCAUUUUUCAAAGCUUUCUGUAAUUUCACUAAUUGCAGUGUAAUUGAGAGUAUUUAUUAAUUUCUCAUCCUUUUAGUUGAAACUGAACUGUUUAACUUUCAUAAACUUGGUAUUGAUUUUUUCGCAGUUAGCCGACUGGACACCGCUUUUGUUCAUGUUUGUACCCUGAGUUACACCAAAAUAAUGUACAUAGAUAGCUUAUAGGAUCUGUGAUACUCUUUUUUUUUUGCCUUGAUUAGUGUAUUGACCCGUUUUUGUUCUAUUUGUUCUCAGGUUCCGCAAGAUCCUGCUGUGUUACGGAAAAAUAUCUACUUCUGCCCGAGCUGCAAUUCGUAUCUACCUUCCACCGAGUUCCAGCUUUCGUCAAAUUCCAAGUAAGGCCAUUAUGUCUCUGUCGCUUAUAUACAAUUUGACUAAUUUCGAAUUGAGUGUUGAAACAUAUCUAUAAUUGCACAAGUUUUGCCUUUAUAAGGCUUUGGGAGUGACUCCAAAAACAAACUUGCUCCAAUUUUUAAACCUUAAACCCCUAAGAGUGACCAGCAUCUAAGUUCUCCUUACAUUUUCACCCCUGAAAAGCUCAUCAAGAUCACAAGAAUAAAAGAAAUGAUCGCCAACUAAAGAAGCUCUUGAUUGUUAAACAAACUCUCCUUUCAGAACCCAACUAAUGUACAGAGAACAGUAUGGAGAAUAUGCCUAUUGAUGUUAGGAUGUAAAGGGUUAAAUCGAUCAGAUAGAUAGUCAGAACUAAAACUAAUCGUGUCUUGUUGACUUUUUUUGAUUUGCAAGAGAGUUUUGUUUUUUAUUCUCUAUCGUUUAUUUACCUCUUGUUCUUCUUCCUUUAUUGCUCAACCUCUUUCUGUAAAUGAUAUACUUAUGGGGGAUCUUUUAUAAUGUAUAAACAAUAACAAGGCCAGACCACAACACUAGGAGCUAUAUUCCCCUUCUUUUUGUGAGAAGUGCGUGGGUUCUUUAAUGUCUCCUGCAGUGUAGAGAAGAUGUAGGAGACAGACUGACAGGGCCUACAGUUUGUCAUCCUUAUCCAAAAAGAGUAGAAUGUCCAAUCAUUUGCAGAUGUCAUUGCAAAGGCAGCACAUUCUCCUCGGUUAUUUUAAGAUGCCGAGUGUUGGUCCGGUCUAGGGCUUGAACUCUUGACUCAAGCGAGGUUUACAGAUAAUGUAUCAUCACGUCACCAUUAUGUGAACUAACCGGUAAAUCCACCUUUUUUCGAUACAUAGGGUUGUCGGAAGGUGUAGAAAGUGCACGAAACUUGAUAACGACGCCAGGCUCAGACAUGAGUUGUCACAAUAUCGAAUCAUGCUGAAAGAUCUCAGACGUUCUGAGGAAAACGUUGGAGACGGCUCCAAGAUCGCCUACCUGCUGCAGGUAUAGAAAACUUUCAACUUACCGCGUAUGAUAACAGUUUCAACUUAAGAAAUUCAUAACCACAUGUAGGCAAUCACAAACAGCAAGAUUUGGACUUGCUUUCUGCCUUUCAUCCGUCUUUUCUGCGUUGCUUUUUCAGUUCACAUAAAAAAAAGAAAAGAGUUUUGCAGGCUUCGAACGCCGGUUUUCCUAGAGUCUCAAUGGGGCUAACCGUUUGCUGUAACACGGCAAAAAAAAAAAAUUGGCUAGACAUAAAAUUGACAAAUGUAAGCAUUAGUCAUAAAAAACGAUAACCGUAAAAAAAUUUCUUAUAAUCGUAACGGAAGGAAAUUAACCGUUAGCCGUAAAAGCCAUUGCCCCAUGAAGACCCGCUUUUUCUACCUGGAUCCGCAUUGCCACAUUCCCGCUCAAUCUCGCAAAGCUUUACACAGACUAGGAUCUAUGUUUUGCUCUAUUAUCAAUUCACUGUCUCUAUAUCAUAUUAUCAAGAGAUAUGUGGAUCCACUUUCUUUGUUAGUCAACUUGAGUUAUGUCACGAGACUUGACUCGUGAAGCCGAAAGUUUGAAGCACUUGCUUGUUUGUGGUCUUCAUAGUGCUUGUUACAGAUUUCUCGAUGUAAUCCUAAAAGAGAAUAACGCUUCUUGUCUAUAUUCUUUUUCCUCAGGAGCCUGACCUUCGCUAUUUAGUAGAGAACAUUUGGAACAGUCAGAGCGUGUUGAGCGCUCAUGAAGACCUGUUUGACUUAGUGUUAGUUCGGUGGAAAAAAUACGAGGAAUGGUCACCGUGGAACUGUAUUUUACUCACGAAAGAAGAGGCUUCAGCUCAUGCGAAACUUGAAAACGUCACUGAGGUAGUACAUGCUAUUGUUAUUUUACUGCUGUUUUUUACUGUCGUUUCUGUUAUGAUUUAGUUAAGCAAAGAAAUGGUUCACGUAGGUGGAUUGCAAAUUUAGCAAUUGCAGAAAGGAAGCUUAAAAAAAUGUAAGGCUUUGACCAGAUUCGAACCUAUGAUCGUAGUUGCCAUGGACUUUUUAGAUCCCCAUGCCAGAUUCACGCAGAUGCGUGCACCCUUAUCAGCCAGUCAGAUGCAAAACCAUUACCAACUGGUAUUCAGCGUUUCUCGUGAAUGAUGCUUCACAGAAAAACUGUCGCGGUCUCUUGUUAGGGAAAACUUGUCGGGGUAGAAAUUUCUUUCAACUCUUCUUGAUUUCUUUUCCUAACGCCAGCAAAUUUUAAGGUAAAUUUUUUGUGACAGUUUCCCUUUUUUUUUAAACUGAUAUGUCGAUUUUUGGAGAAGGAGAUAAUCUGAGGUGUCAGCAGUACUGGGGAGUGGGUGUUGAUGUUGAUUUCUCUUAAUAAAUUCACUUUUCUGGAAGUUUUAGCUCUCUCAUAGUAACUUUGUAUUUCUCGUUUACAGGCUUACGGCCGAAUGUUUAUCGGCAAGAUUCUUCACAAGCAUGUCCUUGCAAGGAACUACUUUUCGCGUCUACCUGGAAUGGCUGAACAUAUGAAGAAAAUUUCUGGACAGAACAGAGGAACUGGGAAUAAUGGAUUGAGGGCAGCUUCACUGAAGGCUUGAGUGUAGUGGAUGAACUUACCUACCCAGAUGUUCGUUGCCUUAAAAUUUUAAUUGCAGAAAAGUUUUAACUCUACUUCCCUUGGAUGGGAAAUUUUAGGUUUAUAAAGGAAUGUUUUUCACUGUUGUGAAUAGAUUAUAUAUUUUUUAUUUUUUUCUCGGAAAUGUAAUAAAGUCUUCUCAUUGCUCUGUUGUACAUAGACAGUUAGAAACAUUAACAAUGUCAAACUUUACUCGUCAGCACUUUUCCUGCCACUCUUUAGCGGUUCAUCGCAGUAGCCUUUGUUGCCUGAGUGUUAGCGUCUGCGGGAAACCAAGGGAAAUUUUUGAUUUGAAUGAUUUUCAUAUUGAGUGGCUAAAGGCGGAUCUGGAAGAAUUGUAAGGCGACGUUUUUCGCACUGUGACUAAACUUUUGCAAGGAGGCAUCACGUGGCUUGCGAGAAAAGCAACUCGUCACACGAGGGCCUGCUUCGAUGGACUUAUUUCAGACGUCACGGACCAACAACUCAGCUUGGUUCCAACAGAAGUUUAUUCUAGUUUGAGUCUAAGUCUGACAUCAACUGUGGCGCAUUCACCACUGUAAACCCGGGUGUAAUCUCAACAUAGUCAUCCAUGUAUUCAUCACACAGUGGUGAAUACAAUUAAGCAAACUUACGAACGCGAUUUCAGCUGCACACUGACUUUCCUGAGAACUGCAAUUUCCAGGAAAGGUCGUUACUAAAAAUUACUAUUUGACGAUGAUCAACUCGGGUGGCCGAUGUACAAGUGUACAAAGUUGGUAAUUGAAGGCAACUACUGUUGGCUUUUGUAUCUUUAAAAUUCUAAAGAGAAAGAUUCUCGAGCGAAUUGAGAACGGCUAAAAUAUUGAAAAAACUAACAAAUAAAUGUGUUUCAGAAACACACGGCAAAAUCACUUAGUUUUCCCCUAACAGUCUUUCCAUUUCCAUAAGGGUCGAAAUUUACGGAUUAUAUAUUUAACGACCCGUGAUAUUUAUUAAAUUUUAAGUAAUCGACGAUAGGAAAAGUUACCAAUAUUAGCCGGAAAAAGGUUAUACAUUGGGUAAUACCUAACAACUUCUGUUUCAAAAAGCUAGAAAGUGUAUGACUCAGUUUUCCUCCACUAAAUCUGCUAUAAGAACUCUAAUAAUGUAAAUACAUUCAGUUUUUUAAACCCUUGAUAAAAACGAAAAUUGACAGAAUUUUUAAAAUAGUAUAAUACAG